CACUUCCCGGAUAAGAGCGAGAGGGGGCGCAUGCGCAGAAGACGUGGCAGCUUCGGGCUGAGGCGGAGUUGUUGUCGCUCGGAGGAGCUUGGCUUGUCGCCGCCGCUGGGAUGGACGAGGACAUUUUGACCACGCUGAAGAUCCUCAUCAUCGGCGAGAGCGGCGUGGGGAAGUCGAGCCUUCUCUUACGCUUUACAGAUGACACCUUUGAUCCAGAACUUGCAGCAACAAUUGGUGUUGACUUCAAAGUGAAAACCAUCUCAGUUGAUGGAAAUAAGGCCAAGCUAGCAAUAUGGGACACUGCUGGUCAAGAACGGUUCAGGACGCUAACUCCCAGCUAUUACAGAGGAGCACAGGGUGUUAUAUUAGUUUAUGAUGUUACAAGAAGAGACACUUUUGCUAAACUAGACAACUGGCUAACUGAAUUGGAAACAUACUGCACAAGAAAUGAUAUAGUUAAAAUGUUGGUUGGAAACAAAAUUGAUAAGGAAAACAGGGAGGUUGACAGAAACGAGGGCCUCAAAUUUGCUCGGAAACAUUCCAUGUUGUUCAUAGAGGCAAGUGCAAAAACGUGUGACGGUGUACAGUGUGCCUUUGAAGAACUGGUUGAAAAAAUCAUCCAGACGCCUGGACUGUGGGAAAGCGAGAGCCAAAACAGAGGUGUAAAGUUAUCAAAUGACGAAGAGGGCCAUAGAGGCGCUUGCGGCGGCUAUUGUUCGGUGUUAUAAACUCUGGAAGACUCGUCCUUUUUGCGUAUUUAAAUGGAUAGUGAUGUCCUCUGUACAUAAACUCAUACCUGCUAUUCUAGGGACCUUGCAGUUUGCACAUAACUUGUGUAUCGAGGCAGUCGUCAUUUUCUUUAUUAGGGAAAUGGCGUUCUGCAGCUUUUCCAGUUCAGAAGUGUUAAUGGUAAGCAUGACUAAUUUGCAACAUCUUCGUUCUUUUUGUAUGUAGCAUAAGGUGAUGUGUCGCAGGAGCAAAUGUGUUCAGAUAUCCUAAUCUUAUCAUGAUUUUUUUCCUCUGAAGCCUAUUACACAAACACGUUGGCUGCA